UUGGAGAAUUAUUCUCUCCGUAUACCAAAAUUAAAAGUCAAAAUAUUUUUUUGUUUUUAUUUUGCCUACGUUUCACGAAAAUCAUGGAAAACAGCAGCAAAAAAGCCGAAGAGGCAUUGGCACAAGGAGAAGGACUUCCUCCGUCAUAUGGACAAGCGUAUACAGCUCCACCAGGUUAUGAUGCCCAAAGUUAUCCCCAGCAGGGCUAUCCUCAACAAGUUCCUAACCAAGCCUUUUACCCCCAACAGCAACAGGGUAAUGUCCCCCCUGUUGGCUAUGCUCCUGUGACACAGCAGGUGGUGUUCACACCAGUCCAACCUCUAGAGAACCCACCACCAGAUUAUAUGGCAUACGCUAUCUUCACCACGCUCUGUUGUUGCUGGCCCAUUGGCAUCUUCGCCAUUAUUCGAUCUCUGGCAACAAGAGAUGCGUCAAACCGUGGGGACCAAGUUACUGCGAAUGCGAAUUCUGCUAAGACGAAGCGUCUGGCAAAUUGGAGCACAGGAGUCGGAUGCAUCUUCAUGGUGUUGUCCAUUGCCAUUAUCGUCUUUGUGUAUGUAUGGAUGAUCCCCAACUUGAGAGAAAUGUACAGGCAUUAGGACUCCAGCUGAGCCAUCAGACAUAUACCCACAAAUAUAAUCUAUUAUCGAUAGAUACAGUUCUGUGGAACAGUAAUAUACAGUACAACUGGAGGUAUUCCUAACUGAAAAUAGAACUUACAUUGGAUAUGAUUCUAGACAAGUUUCUUAAAUGAAUAUUACAUUGUACAUGUAUAUGGAUUAGAGUCUGGGUAAUAGCAUUGACUGUCACUCUCUAUAAGCAAUCCUGUAUGAUAUAGAGUGAUUGGACAAUCUAAACAUAAAUAUGUUGAUAAAGAGCAGUGCUCAUGAUUUAUUUAUUAUAUUAACAGUAUAUAUUUUACCCAUUUUAGUAUCAGACUAAGGUAUAUUUUAAGAGAAAAAUAUAUUGUAAUCUAGUAGAUUCCAGCCAUUAUUAUCCAGCCAUUAUUAUCUAUAAACUAUCUAUAAAAUAUGGAUUUUUGAAGGCCCUGUUAAGUCAUUCAUAUACUAUGAUCUAAUGGGAUAGUGGGGAAUAUUUUACAGAUGUAUCCAAACAAAAUAUUUGUGUUUCUCUUCAAACAAUUUAAUGUUAAAUGUAGUACUGAGGCCAGUGAUCUCCCCAGCAUUAAAG